AGUCUGGAAACCAGAAGGGAGAUGAAAACCUAUCUUCCAGGUUCGAGGCCGCCCAGGGGCUCACAGGCUCUGGGCAAAAAAGAACUUCUAGCUCGUCGUUUCCGCCAGCGGGUGGAACUCAUCCUCACAGGAUUCAGCUCUAGGAGACUCACCCCUGUAAUGCUUAAGUACUUAUAGAAAAUCGGUUUUUUUCCAUGGUAUUUUUCUGAGGUCUGUCAUUUAUUUGCACACAGUCACUAAGCCUAAUAAAAACCUGGGGAGAAAGGCCAAAAGAACAACUUGGAAGAAAGAAAAAAGACUGGACGGUGGCGCACUACUGUAAUCUCAGCGCUCCGCAGGCCAAGGUGGGCGGAGCGAAGGCAGCCUGGGCUACACGGCGAGUUUCAGGUCAGUGAGACCGUCUCAAAAACUAAAGCAACAACAACAAAAACCCAUAAAAAGACAACUGCUGUUUCCAGCGGAAAAGUAAACGCGAAGAGCCGAGUUGGUCCCGCCCCUGCUUUGCGGCUUGGGAAGGCCUGCGCAGGCGCACCGGAAGGACUCGGGUUACGAGCGGAAGUCGAGUCUCCGGACGCUUUAGGGAAGGAACCCACGGAGUACACAGACGCCGGGACCGUCCGGGGUCCCCGUAGGCUCCCUUAGGCCGCCAUGAACCGGCUCCAGGAUGACUACGACCCCUACGCGGUGGAAGAACCGAGCGACGAGGAGCCGGCUCUGAGCAGCUCUGAAGAUGAAGUGGAUGUGCUUUUACAUGGAACUCCUGACCAAAAACGAAAACUCAUCCGGGAAUGUCUUACUGGAGAAAGUGAGUCAUCUAGUGAAGACGAAUUUGAAAAGGAAAUGGAAGCUGAAUUAAACUCUACCAUAAAAACAAUGGAGGAUAAGCUAUCCUCUAUGGGGACAGGCUCUUCCUCAGGAGUUGGGAGUGUUGGAGGAGUUACAGCAAAGUACUAUGAUGACAUUUAUUUUGAUUCCGAUUCUGAGGAUGAAGACAAAGCGGCACAUGUGACCAAGAAAAAGAAGAAGAAACAGCGCAGGAUCCCAACAAAUGAUGAGCUGCUGUAUGACCCUGAGAAAGACAACAGAGACCAAGCCUGGGUUGAUGCACAGAGAAGGGGUUAUCAUGCUUUUGGAUUGCAGAGACCACAUCAGAAACAACAGCCUGUUCCGAACAGUGAUGCUGUUUUGAAUUGCCCUGCCUGCAUGACUACUCUGUGCCUUGAUUGCCAAAGGCAUGAAUCCUACAAGACUCAGUACAGAGCCAUGUUUGUGAUGAAUUGUUCUGUCAACAGAGAGGAGGUUCUAAGAUACAAGAAUCCAGGAAACAGGAAGAAAAAGCGGGGUGCUAAGAAGAUGAGGUCUAACACUGAAGGUCCCGUGGAGACAGACGUGGAGGAAAUCUAUCACCCUGUCAUGUGCACAGAGUGUUCCACUGAAGUGGCAGUCUAUGACAAAGAUGAAGUUUUUCAUUUCUUCAAUGUUUUAGCAAGCCAUUCUUGAACAGUGUGACAGGUAAUUGACUUCCCGCACCGUAUAAAGCAAAUGUGGACUCCUGUUUUCCUCUUUCCUAGUCAAAACUUUCAGUGACAUUGAGUCAUUAAAACAGUAUUUACCUGUAUGAAAAGAAUGGUUAUCAACCUCUAUUUCUUCUCCCUUUUUUCUUCUUAAUUGUCUCAUGAUUAUUCAUUUCAUUUUUGGUGCAUCUUUGAAGACUUUGGGGUUCUUUAUUUAUUAAAUUAGCUUCCUAGAAUUAAA